CAAUAGCCGAUUGUUGUCUGGCUGAUGAUGUGAAAGGAUUCUGGCGUGCUCUCCCUCGCCGUGCCUCUCUUUCUGGCUGCCGACAGAUGAGAGAGAUUUUGUUGUCGCCUGUCCUAUCGCAAAUCCUUCGCAUUUUUCCAUCUUGGCUCCGCACUUUGCUCUAGUCGCUAUUUUCCGCACCUCCCUUUUACUCUAGCUGCCGUGCACUCACUCUGCAAACAUGUCGCGAACAGCCUCGCUUCUGUCAGUGGCAGUCCAGCUGGUGCUACUGCACACCCUGGGCGCGACCGCCCACGACCACCACGGCGCCAACAUGAACUUUGACACAGGCGAGCCUAUCGAUGGCAUACUCAAGGCUCACAUCCUGCUCAUGUCGGUGGCCUUUGGCGCCCUGUUCCCAAUUGGCAUGAUUCUCGGUCUGCGCAAGAACCGGUGGCACGUCCCGGUGCAGUCUCUGGGCGGCGUCCUGGCGAUUAUCGGGUUCAUCCUCGGCCACUCGCACAAGGGCCGGGCAUUCAAGGAAAACGCCCAUAGCAAGUUCAGCUGGUUCAUGCUGUGGCUGCUGGUCGGGCAGCUUGGUGCUGGCAUCUACCUCAAGCUGCACACUGAGCGGCGGUUCAACGACCGGCUGCGACCGUUCAUCAAGAUUGCACACAAGAUCAUGGCGAUCGUUAUGAUAGUUUCGACAUAUGUGCAGGUUCUGCUAGGCGCCGUAGCCUGGCUUGGCUACUGCUACGACGGGAUUCUACGGCCAGUCUCGUUCCUGGCGUACGGCGUGUGGCUCCUGCUGCUGGUGCGUCUUGCUGCGCCCUGGCUGGCAAAGUUUGGCCGGUCCCCGGAACUGUACGACAGCGCGAUGAUCAUGGUGUGGGGCCUGGUCAAUACCUUUACUGAGCAUGGGUUUGUCGAAGAGGCGCACGGCUGGUCCCACAAGGACUUGCAACACACCAGCCUGGGCGUGAUCUGGUUCUGCGGCGGACUGCUGUCGACGUACAUGCUGCGCAGGGCUGGCCCGUCCGAGCGCUCGAUGACACCUGAGUUCUCGACCAAGGUGCACUUUGUCUUUGGUCUGUCGCUGGUGCUGGCGGGCUUGAUGCGGUGUAUCGAGAUCAUGCUGAUCACUACUGGUCUUAUCAAGACCGAUUCCAAGGAGCCCAACCCGUUCCAGUACAUCCCCGUGUUCUUCCUGUGCCACUCGGGUGUUAUGUUCAUGUCUGCCAACCGUGAGAACGUGGCCGCCAUGAUCAACAUCGGCAUCGAUAUUGGCACUUUCUCGCUGGGCUUCCUGUCCAUCACCUUCCUUCUCUUUUUCUAUGCGUAUUUCCUGAUGCAGCUGUUUUCAGAGCUCAGUAGCCAUGGCUCAGGCUCGCUGCCGGUCACCGAUGAUGGCAUUGCGUACCACACCGUGGGUCAGGUCGCAGAGAUCCGCAAUGGCAACUACGGCAGUGAAGAGACCGACGAGGACGAGGAGGAUGCGUUUCGCGAUGAGAUCGAGAUGAGUCCGAUCCAAAAGUCUGAGUAAACCAGAACCACCAGUAUCUCUUCUAUUUUCUCUAAACCUCGCAAUCCCAACAUCAUUAUUUUUUUUGGUAUGGCUGAAACUAGCACAUGUGGGGCGGAGAGAGGGAUAGACAGAGACACAAUGUGGGGGUACUGGUGCAGCUGUGAAUGCAAACCCUUCUGUCCAAUAUAAGAGCUCCAGCUAUCUAUGCC